AUGGCUGAUUUAAGAGUAAAGAAAGGAAGAAAUAAGAAGAAACAUGUCACCACCAUUACCUCUCUUCCAAGGGACUUGCAAGUAGAGAUUUUUGCCAUGGUGGCCUCUCGCUCCGUCUCUGACCAUUGCAUGGUCAAAUUAUGCUGCAAAGAAUUUCGUCACGCCGCAGAGGAUGACUACGUCUACCGUCACUCCUCCAUGGACAGAUUUUCAUUGCCAAUGCCUUGGUUUACCAGCGAUCAUGAAUCCUUGUUUCUAAAACGCUGUAAAGAGAGUGGUAACCCGGAGAUUGCAUUCCGUGAAGGAAUGAUUCAAUAUUUCACUUCUUCAAAAGUGGAUUUGGGUCUCGAGCUUUUGAAAAAAGCAGCACUUGAAGGUCACCUUGAGGCUAAGUAUGUUUACUGCAUGCUUCUGAUGUGUGAUAAGGAUGAAGGAGAAAGAAAACAAGGUUUUGAUCUCUUUUGUUCCUUGAGAGCGUCCUCGUGUGUUACGAGAUGCAGAGAGCGGGUAAAGUGUUUUGUUCGAAGCAUGUGGGUCAAUAAUAAAGUAGCGGUUCGAAAUCGCAAGUCAUCUUUCUGCUAUUCUAAGACAUGUGACAUGGAGGAGUUGAUGAAACUUUCUGGGAAUUGGACAUCUUUUGAGGAUAAAGAUUUUGAUAGCUUUGCUCAGAGAGGAGAGGUUCUUUGUUCUCUGUGUAAUAGCCAGUUCAUAUCACCAACCAUGGGAAGCUCCACAACCUUCUUCCUCAUCUGUGCGAUCCUCGCCGUCCACGUGGCUCAAUCCUCCUCGUCCACCUUCGACUUCACCGGCGACCUCGACACCUUCUUCCUCCCUCUCAACUCCGCCUGCCGCGGAUCGGUCGCCGAGUGUGGCCUCCUCGUCGCCGCCGAUGACGACGCUGAGUUUCUAAUGGACUCCGAGACCAGCCGCCGCAUUCUAGCAGGAACAAGCUACAUAAGCUAUGGUGCGCUGAGGAGGAACACCGUCCCUUGCUCGCGACGCGGCGCUUCCUAUUACAAUUGCCGGCCCGGCGCUCAGGCCAACCCCUACAGGCGCGGAUGCAGCGCUAUCACCCGAUGCAGGCGUUGA